UGAGAUCAUUCUUCUUUCUUUUAAAUAAGGAAAAAGAAAUCCACUGCCACUUCCUAUCCAUUAUGACAUCUCUUUCUUUUCCAUUUAUUCUCCAUUUGAUCUACUCCUUUUUAAGAACAGCCACCACCACCAUCUUUGGGGAGGCUCUGUUUCUUCAACUUCCCUGACCUCUAUAAUUUCAGGCUAGUGCUGAAAAUGAUCUCUCAGAGGGAAGAAGAAGAAGCAACAGAUGCAUUGGCAUGCGACAAGAAUGUCGAACAGAGAAAGGGUGCCAAUGGUGAAGGAGCAAUAGCUGAAGAUAACUUGGGGGAGUGGUUAAAUUUGAGCCUUGGCAGAAAAGAGUCCUUCAUGACAGGGGACUCUAACUCCCCAUCAAAAUCUUCUUCCAAUAGGGUCUUUUCCUGCAACUUCUGUAGGAGAAAGUUCUUCAGUUCCCAAGCAUUGGGUGGUCAUCAGAAUGCACACAAGAGGGAAAGAGGGGCAGCAAGAAGGUUACAAUCUCAGAGGGAGUUGCCAAUGAUGGGUUUGCCCCUACUAGGCGUUCGACCCCACUCACUCGUGCGCAAACCAAGCAGGGAAGGAACAAGAAUGGGGGCAUGGAUCAAUGAUUCCAACACAGGUUUCAGGAUGGCAUUGAUACCAUUCACGCUUGAAGAAGCAAUUGACUUGAUGUGGCCAGGAAGCUUUCAUGUGGAUUCCCAACUGCCCAAGCAGCCACCAGAGCUACUUAAGCUUGACUUGAAUCUUCGACUCUGAUCAUAGCCUAUAUCAGACACUGACCUGGGUUCCUCUUUAUGUCCACUAUACUUGUGUGAUCUUGCAUUUGUUCAUCGAUCAACCAAAGAAGGUUGCUAACUUAAUUAGGAUGAACCAGGCAAACUGAAGCUUCAAAACACUUGUAAUGAGGCUAAUCCAUGAUAAAGUGAGUUUACCAACUGUUUUCACAUGGUGUAAUAGAAAACACAAAGUACAUUGUGCUUUCAGUUCUUCAAAGUUCCA